GCCCGUGGGUUAGCUGGAAGACCUUGAGGCAGAGGUGCCCAAGGCCAUGGCUGACGCCAUCACCUACGCAGACCUGCGCUUUGUGAAAGUGCCCCUGAAGAACAGCAUCUCUAAUCAUUUAGGACAGGACUGUGAGGCCUACGAGGAUGGGGAACUCACCUACGAGAAUGUGCAAGUGUCUCCAGUCCCAGGAGGGCCGUCAGGCUUGGCUUCCCCUGCGCUAGUGGACAAAGCAGGCAUCAGGUCAGAGCAGCCAACUGCGUCCUGGAGCUCCGUGAAGCCGCCCACAGUAGGGCAGAUUCCCCAUUGUCCCACAGUCGGCUUGCAAUACUUCUUGCUGGGCCUUCUCCUGGCCUGUCUGAUGUUAGGGGUGGCUGCCAUCUGCCUGGGAGUUCGCUAUCUGCAGGUGUCUCGGCAGUUCCAGCAGGCAACCAGGAUUUUCGAAGCCACCAACAGUAGCUUGCAGCAGCAGCUGAGGCAGAAGACAGCUCAGCUGAGGCAGAAGGAGGUGGAUCUGCAGGAGUCUCGGGCAGAGCUGACCCUGAGUCAGGGCGCUUUACAGGAGAAGCAGAAGAUCCAUGAGGCCACUGAGCAGCAACUAGAGGCCUGCCAGUCUGAGGGACAGAGGACCAAGGAGAGCUUGGAAAGGGAGGAGCAGCAGAGGAGGGACUUGAACCAGAAGCUGAUCAACAUGCGGGACACACUGAAACGCUUCUUCACCUGUUCCUCAGACUCCUGCUGUCCAGUGGGAUGGCUACAGGAACAGAAAAGAUGCUUUUACAUCUCAUACACUCCCAGAAGUUUCGAGGAGAGCCAACAGUACUGCACAUCUCUGUCCUCCAAACUGGCUGUAGCUGGAGAAUCUGAGAAGUAUUAUUAUUAUUAUUAUGAUGUUACUCUGCCCGGCAUCUUAAAGGAGUCGCUAAAUGAUUCAAAGUCAUACUGGGUCCAUCUGACAAGACAUCCUGAAGGACACUUACCACAAUAUGGGAAGAAUUUGGGCUCACAAUGCUGGAAGCUAAGAAAAUGGCACAAAACAUGGGAUAUAAUUCAACCAAAGUGUACAGAGCUUAAUCCCUGCAUUUGUGAGCUGGAAGCUUUCGGGUUUCCUGAUGGGGAUCAACUGCACUGAAAUGCACACACGAACAAGAGCUUGUGACCGACAUCCUUAACCUGUGGCCUGCCAAUACUUAGCAAUGAGAUCCCUCCAGCGUUCCCUCACUCUUGGGCAUGCUCAGCUGAGGGCCUGAUCCUGGCCUGGCAACC